AUGAUAAAUAUUGAAGGAAGCAGCAAAGAUUUUUCCAACAAUGCAACCCUUGCUAUGGAAAAUAUCUUAGAAAAUAUGUUUUCACUGAUAAAUCCAAAGGGCAAAGAAACAGAAUUCAACUUAUCUGAGACAAAAGACUUGCCUCUUAUAAAUUUCUCCAAAGUCUGGGAAAUUGAUAACUUGUAUCCACUUCAAAAUCAGUCAGUUGACUGUCAUAUCCCAGAUCGAGAAGAGCGGGUUUGUACUCAUACAGAUCGAAAAGUCUACGCUAGAAAUAUGUGCAACCAUUGUUAUAGGACGUUCGGCCAGAAUAAGAUGGCCUGAACUUGUCCUCAUAAAGAUAGGCAGCACUAUGCUAAAGGAAGGUGCCAAUUGUGCUACUUGAAGGAGUAUCACCGUUCAAGAGUUUUCGGAAAAAGAAGGAAAAGCAAAGGUAAAUAUAAAAUAAACUAA